GUCGCCACCCACACACCACCACCAUUGUCGCCCACCGCCGGUUCCUGGACCUCACCAUGCCUGCCGAGCGUCGAACAUUCACCGCGGCCAGACCCGUCAAGACGGAGCGCACCCACGAGGAGAACCAGGAGCGUGCUUAUAUUGCGGCCUCGCGCCGCAGUGAUCGCAGUCUCGAGGCUCGCAUUGAGUCUGCCCGUAGAGCUUCCGAGAUCCACAAGAAGCGUACUGGUCGUGCAUUGCGUGUAACGGAGCAGGAUGUCAUCAAUGAAGAAAUGUACGAAGAGGAGGACGAUGACCUGCCCACGCAAUACCAGCGCCUCAACGCGCACCUGCACACGACAUCGGUCAUGUUUAACAAGAAGCUCCAUGACUAUAUUGCCACGCAACAUGGCGUCAGAAACAUGUUCAUGUCCCAGUACCAAAACCAGAGCCCCACGUUCCCCCAGUACGGUGCCCAGUUUCCCGUCAGCGGCGCCACGUUCCCCCAGGCAAGCAAUUGGCUGAGCCCGACGAUGCUCCCACCGCAGCAGUUCACUCCUUCGUCUCCCCAGGCUUUCCAGCAGCCCCAGUCGUUCAGUCCCACCACUGCCCAGGCCCAAGGAUAUCGCCAGUCGCCCUACCACGUCCCCCAGCGCACCCAGUCGCACCAGCGCGCACUGUCGAUCCAGCUCCCCCAGGCACCCACCCAGUUUGAUCAGCCAAGCGCCGCCGCCGCCACGACGCCCCAGCCCGAGUUCAACCGACGACUGUCUCUACCGCCUCAAGCUUUCCAGCAUGCAAGCCAAGCUGCUGACCAAACCGCCACGCCUUCGCUCACCCAGUCGCCUACGGCCCACCCUCUCCAGCAAUCCCAGUCGUCUUCACCGCAGACCGCCUCCCCAGCAGCCGGCUCUGUCAAGGAAGCCCUGCGAGUUCCAAGCGGCGCCAACAGUCCUUCUUCGUAUACGUUUAGCCCACCCAUCUACCCUUUCAGUUCUCAGGCCUUCAGCAACACCCCGUUGACUUUGUCGAUGCCGCCCGAGUCACAGCAAUUCCUUGGAUCUGUCCUUGACCCCAACGAUGCCCGCACAGCUACGCUCAUGGCCGGCAGUGAGAAUCUGCCCCAGCCCUUUGCUCCCACGUACACGUACAAUCCCAACAAGCUGGCUCGAGCAUCAAACGGCAACAGCAUUUCCGAGACCAUGUCCGGGUCCGCGCAAACACUAUCAUCGGGGCUCAACCUGAAGACAGACGCUGUAUCCGACACGUCCUCUACUUCGCUCUCCGACUCCUUUUUUUCCACCGACCCGUUUCUGUCCCCUGGAAAUGCUGAAUUCAGUGCAUUUUUCGACCUUCAGGGCGGCGACUAUCCGCACUCGUUUGACGACCAAGACAAUGUUAGUAGCCUGAUUAACUGGGAUCAGUAGUGGCAUUGCUACUUUUUAUUCUUAUUCUUCUUUAUCUUCUUCUUCAUCCUACCGCCAGGCGUACUUGUUCUGCUGCACACGCUGGUUCUUGAAUACUCUCCAUUUUUCUCCUGUUUCCUUUACAUGUUUGGGGUAUCGAUUUGGAUUUUUACACGCACAUGAUACCUCUUGCACAGUGUCGUUUAACGAUGUCACGACUGAAGGCGUUGCCCGGAGUCAGUCUUUUUGGUCGUGUCGCAUCGGAAAAGAACGCCAGACAUUGUUGGCGGAGAUACUUAUUAUAGUAUCCAUGGUUGGGGGGGAGCGGUGUUUUUUUACGUUGCCUUACCAAGCACCGUACCUCUCUGUCUGUGAGAGAAGCAGAGACACCCUCCUCAAACACUCUGAACUGAGGUAUUGCCUGUACAAUAUAAUAAUGGCAGCAGCUCUUCUGGGCUGCAUGCAC